GGACUAUUCCUCCCCUUCCAUGUAAACAUCAUCUCCAACUCAACAUCACGUAGGCUCAGCGGAAGACGUGACGGAAUCACCGAACUGAAGCAUAUCAAGCUCACCUUCCAUUGUUAACCGCAAUCAGCCUCCAUCGCCUUUGCACUCUCACUUGGUACAACACUGCGCCCUUCAACUCUUCCUCCGUUUGCAGUAAUCUUCUUCCCGGCACAGUAAGGCAACUGAAUAAACCGUCAGGAAAUGCAUAUGCUCGCUUUGAAUCUACUACACUCAGACUGGUCGGCGUUUCAUUGACAAGAUCUAGCUCUGCAGUUCAACCACCAAAAACAAAUCAUAACCCGCCAUGUCCACGCCACCUCCACCUGAUUCCGCUACCGCCCAAGAAGUGGUGCAGGAGGAGCGUCAAGAAGAUGGAACUAGGGCCACAGAGGCUACCGAUGGGGCACAUGAGGAGGCCGAAACAACAGAGCCCCCCGCCGCCACUACCGAAGAAGUGCUCGAUAGUAAUGAAACGGUAGAGGAACCGAAGUCUCAUUCGGCUGAAGAAGGCCGACGAGACCAAGAGCGCGAGGGCAGUCCCGCGCAAAAGCCGAAAUCCGAGUCCCCAGACGGCCAAGACUCGUCGCAAGGUGACUACGAGUCGUCUUCACCAUCGCCAUCAAAUAGGGCUGAGAGCGCCGAGCCCGGCGAAAUCGACGAAAGCGCCGCCCCUCCCCUUCCUGACGAGCCUCUUCCAGACCACACAUUCAACGGCGAAUCAUCGUCAUCUGCUCCUCCUCUACCGGCCGAGCCGGCGCCCGAACCGGAAGACGACGGUUGGGAGUACCAUUGGAACCCUAACGACUCUUCUUAUUGGUUCUAUAACCGCUUCAGCGGCGUAUGGCAGAAGGAAAACCCGCGAAUUCCAACCGCGACAGCAGCGGCAGCAGCAGCAGCAGCGGUGGUGGCGCCUGUGGUCGUUCCUCUUGAUGUAGAACCCACAGCCAUCAGCAAUCCCAUUUCCGUAGCCGGUGGCUACAAUCCCGCCAUUCACGGCGACUACGACGAGAAUGCGUGGUAUGCCGUCAACGCUCGCGCUGCUGCCGAGGCCGCCGCUGCCGCCACCAACCCGCUCGCUGGCUUGGACCCCACCGUUGCCGGGCCCGACUUAGCCAGCGCCGGCUACUUCAACCGGGCCACAGGUCAGUGGCAAGCGCCGGACCAGAACGUAGAGCGUCACUCGGACGAGGCCAAGAGCAAAAGGCAACUCAACGCUUACUUCGACGUGGACGCGGCGGCGAAUAUGCACGAUGGCCGAAGUCUCAAGGCGGAAAGGUCGGGCAAGAAGCCAAGUAGGGCCGAGCUGAAGGCUUUUAAGGAAAAGAGAAGGGCAAAGAAGGAGGAAAAGAGGAGGGCUUGGCUGCGUGAUUGAGACACCCUCCCAGCAACGGUCAAGUGUGGUAGGCUUGCCUUUUUUUUCUGGUUUUGCUUCUAGACGUAGAAUCAGGCGCGUGGAAAAUCAGCUUCGAGGCAUACAUUUCAUUCUAUACCCGGGGGUCUGCGACGUUGACCACGCUUGUUAUUUUGGCUUUCGAUGCACAAGACAUUUGGGGUAACCUUUGAGCUGGAUAAUUUGAUUUUGGUUGGAUGAAGUGGACAGGUCGUAUAACAGAGUCCUUCAGGUAAAGGUAGGUGGGUUUUUAUGGAAGCCGCAAGUGAUUAGGGCCAAGCAGAUCACAUUCCUGAGCCAAUAUGUAUUUACAAUAGUACUUUGACAUCCAAAUUCCCAAAGGUAUCAAAUUUACUCCUCC